AUGGCGGCAACAGACAUCCCAGCCCUCCGCAUCCAGAUCCUGGGUAUGUCUUCCCCCCUCCCACCACUCAUCUGCACAUCUGCUAACUACGCCCCAGCAAACGCCAAAACCCUCAUCCACCCCAAACCAGCUCCCACCGCCAACCCGCUUACAACCACCACCGUCCCCUCGCUGGACUGUCAAGCCACCCUGCAAGCCACGAGCGCUGCCACAGCCCAGAACACGCCCACCACCACUCACCACCCCGAGCUCGAAAUGGUCGUCGUGGGGCACGCAGGACAGUACCGCGCCCUGAUCAUGCUCGGCGCCACUCCCGCCAUCGAGAGCGAACCUUGCCCCACGCCGGAGUCUGCUGUGCGCAAGCUCUUCCUCGCUACGGCCGAGCUGCUCACGAACUACAUUCCGGCUAUGGGUGGCCAUCAGCGCAACAUUCAUGGCGGAGGCGUUUACGAUGAGGACUUGAUUAGUGGGAAGCUUGUGGAGGUUGUCAAGAAGGGCUGA